AUGCACGCCAAGGGCCAACUAACCCUUCAGGAACUGGAAUUUCUCGACUCGGUCGGCUUGAUUACGCCCGCGCAGAUGAACUCGAUCCUCCCCCCGCUCAAGGCCAUCGUCGACACACAUGCCACCGAGGCGGAGCGAGCAGCACCGGCUUCCCGACAGCUGGCCCAGGAGCCUGUGGACCCCGUGCCAGCCCAAACUCAACCUCCAGCCCCAUAUGCGCCCUCAUAUACUCCCCCGGCAUCGCAGAUGUCCCACAUGUCGAUGAACGAGAAAGCCGCGCCGCGCAGUCAAUACACGAGCCCCGUCCCGCAGGCUCCGCCCGCUUACGCUCAAACACCACCAGUCCGUAUGGCAACGGCCCAAUACACAUACAGUCCUGCCGAUGAAGGUGAUCUAGGCUUUGAGCCCCAGCAUCGGAUUCAAAUCACCCAGGAGCUGAACAAGGAUUGGUGGCGAGGCCGCAACACAAAUACCGGACAGGAAGGUAUCUUCCCUUCGAGCUUUGUCACUGAGGAUUCGGCCAAGGCUGCGCCAGUGCAUGUGCCCCCUCCAACGAACUAUGGCAACAUGCCCCUCGCUGUCAGCCAGAGUGGACAGCCCCCCGCGAACCCGGCAAACCCCGAAGACCCCAAGCAGAACAAGCUGGAGGAAGGCGGCAAGAAGUUCGGAAAGAAACUUGGAAAUGCCGCAAUCUUCGGUGCCGGUGCCACCAUGGGUUCCAACCUUGUCAACAGCAUCUUUUAA